AUGGCAAUGACGAUGGUAGCUGCUGUAUUUUUAUUUUUGCUGCUUCUUUUUAAAUCAUCCUUUCAAUUGAAUAAUGGCCUAGGAAGAACGCCCCAAAUGGGAUGGAAUAGUUGGAACCAUUUUCCAUGUAAUAUCAAGGAAACCAUUUUUCGAGAAGUAACGGAUAGCAUUGUAGUCACAGGUUUAGCUGCUGUGGGCUAUGAAUAUGUGAAUCUGGAUGAUUGUUGGCAAAUAAGUCGUGAUGCUCAAGGUACUAUACAAGCUGAUCCACAAGCUUUUCCUAGUGGUAUUCCAGCCUUAGCUGAUUAUGUUCAUUCAAAGAAACUUAAAUUUGGUCUCUAUUCAGAUGCUGGAUUCGCGACUUGCGAUAGUAGACCGGGUUCUUUACAUUAUGAAGUAAAAGAUGCUAAUACUUAUGCAUCAUGGAAUGUAGAUUAUUUGAAAUAUGAUAAUUGCAAUAGUGAUGGAACUAUGCCUAUCGAAAGAUAUCCUGCUAUGCGAGAUGCAUUAAAUGCAACUGGAAGACCAAUUUUCUACUCACUAUGUGAAUGGGGUAUAGACGAACCAGCUCUUUGGGCAGCUAAUGUUGGUAAUAGUUGGCGAACGACCGAAGACAUUCAAAAUAAUUGGCUGUCAAUGUUGAACAAUAUCGAUAUUAAUAAUGAAUAUGCGGAUAAAGCGGGGCCAGGUGGUUGGAAUGAUCCUGAUAUGCUUCAGGUUGGAAAUGGUGGUAUGACAGAUGAAGAAUAUAUGACGCAUUUUGGCUUGUGGUCUAUCAGCAAAGCACCUCUUCUUAUCGGCUGCGACGUCCGUAAUAUGAGUUCCGCUACUCUAUCAACCCUUUCUAACCCAGAAGUGAUCGCUGUUAAUCAAGAUCCAUUGGGUGUUCAAGGAAGAAAAGUUGCUUUUUUAUCAUCUCGAUUACCUAAUACAACAACAAAUGUAGUUAACACCGAUUGUUCCGUAAAUAUUGAUCCUAAACGUCGUCAAUGGAUUUAUAACCACGAAGACGGAUCAAUUCGAUCGUUAUUUAAUGGACAAUGCUUAUCUAUUGAAAAUUGUAAUACUGGCCCAGGUGCGAAUAUUAUAGUGAGCGAUUGCCGUAUAAAUGAUGCACAAGCACCAUGUCAGGGUAGAAAUCAACAAUGGAUUCUGUCGCAAUAUGUUGAGAAUCUUGUUUCUCAACUGAAUACACUAUGUUUAUCGCUAUUUAAUCAUGUGGGUCCACAUCUGGUUACAGAUAGAUGCGAUAUACAAGUAGAUCAAGCAUGGAUAUUCCAUUUGUCUGAUGGAACUGUCCGAAAUAAAUAUGAUGGCAAGUGUUUAACAGCAGAGGCUGAACUUGAAGUAUGGGCUGGACCACUUGUUGAUGGUUCACAAGCAGUACUUUUACUUAAUCGAGGUAACAUUGGAAGUGAACCAAUAACUGUUAAAUGGAGUUAUAUUAAUUUUCCUGCUGACAAAUCAGCUCUUGUUCGAGAUCUGGUCAAUCGAAAAGAUCUUGGAACAUUUACUGGUAGUUAUACAUCACCAAAUAUUACUCGUCAUGAAAUCAUGAUGUUAAAGGUUACUCCUACAGCGUAA